GUUCCCGCAGUGUGACGGAGCUGCUCGGGGUUCAGAGUCGAUCAGACCUUGUAGUGCCCUUAAACUUGAAGUGUUCACAACACUGAAAUCAUGUCAUCUCAGCUGCCAGGGCUUUCAGCACUGACUAAACCGGGAUUAUUACCGGGUUUCAGGGUUUCUAAAGAUCAGCUGACCACCAUCGUUCCUAUUGCAGUCGCUGCGGCUCUGAGCACCUACCUACUGACACGCUACUUCAGUGGGCAGAGCAGUCCCAAGAGCAAGGUCAACCCGUCCAUCAACAAAGACAGCCCGAAAGUAGUGCACAGCUUUGACAUCGAGGACAUUGGUAACAAGGCCGUCUACUGCCGCUGCUGGAGAUCCAAGAAGUUUCCCUAUUGUGACGGCGCACACGCCAAACACAACGAGGAAACUGGCGAUAAUGUUGGACCGCUGAUCAUUAAGAAGAGGAACGACUAAAUCUUCACCGAAUAUGCCCAUGAAAUGCCUGAAAGUGUGUGUCUAUGUUUCCAUCAAUGUUUUCCAUCCACUGGAUGCAGGAUUAACUGAAGAUAUCAUCAAUUCCAAAGUCAUAAGCAGGAUAAAAGAUUGUUUGUAUUUUGCCAAUGCCUCAGUUGUUAUGUCGCAUUCUCACCCUUGUCAAAAGUGCUGUAAUUCACUUGAAAUAUGUUGACGUUAAUACGCCUCAUUCAGACCAGAGACUUCCUGAAGGGCUGCAUACGUGCAUCAGCAGACAUAUUGUAUUUCCUGUAACUGUGGUGAGGUUUCACACCAGGUCUUCCCUUCCUCCUCUAAAGCAAACCAUUUCAAGCCAUAAAUGUACACUAAAAACAUGUUAUGUUUCCACUAAAAAGAGCAGAUGAAUGUUUAAAAAGACAUGGAUUCACAUCUGAGUUUUUGGAGGUGGAUCAAAGCUACUACGCACAGUGUUUCAUGACCGUUUUAGUGCUUAUGACUUGCUUUAUUAGUUGUAAAACUAAACCGGUUCCAUUUAAAAGACAGCAUACAAGUAUAUUUCUAUCAUGAUGUCUAAUUAGGGGGUGAUAUGUAUUUUGCUAUAUGACAGUGGUGUGUUUUGAAUAAAUGUUAUUUGAAAUGGU